AAUAAAUUGAUUAAAUAUAAUGUAGGGACUUCUUAAGACAGCAGCUGAAGAAAUGCUUUCUAAAGCAAUUCGAACUUAUACAUUUAAUGAUUUGAUUGUUACAGGUAGACACCCAUACAAAAGUUUACCUGAAAUGCUUGCUUAAUAUCCAAAUAAUGGUGUAGGAUUCAAAGUAUGGAGGAAAACAUGGCCAGAGAAUAAGUAUAUUAUUAUUACUGAAGCACAUUUUAAAGUAAGAUAUUACAUUAAUAAAUUAGGGAUUAAGAAAUGGCAAAUUUUUUGGUAUCUAAUAUUACAAUGGCAGACCUCUUACUCCAUAACCAAUAAAAAUUAGAAAUUGUAGUAAGAGAGGAACCUGGAAAUAUGACACUAAUAAUACUUCAGGAGUAUCUACAAAUGGUGUCUACUUUAGUGCAGAGGAUUUGAAAGAGUUUUAAAAAUUACAUCAAAAUAAUGAAAUAUAAGAAUGAUGUUACAUUUGUUACAUAAUAUUGAUCAAUAAAAUUAAUA